AUGACCAUGGAAGAAGAUCUGCCGCGGCACAUGCGAAGUCCAGGCGAAGAUGGAUAUCGAACGCCGACCAUCGAAGACGCAGAGCGUGCGCUCUCCAUUCUCGGUGGCGAUGAAGGAACUUCCCCUGGUCAACUCCGCGAUGCUCACUCCAGUGCACUGGAAGCUGCUCUCCAUAGAGCUUCGACGCGGGGCACUGUGAAAUCUGAAAAAGUGAAAGAUCACGCUUGCCAGGAACAUAAUGGCCUCGGGCUGUUUGGGCUUAAACGCACGGUCUCUGGCGAGAUGAGUUGGAAGAAACGUAUUCGCCAUGUUACAUGGGCGUACUUCACAUUGACUAUGGCAACUGGCGGUUUGGCUAAUGUUAUAUAUCAAGUCCCGUUCAAGUUCAGAGGAUUGGAAACGAUCGGGAUCGUCGUCUUCUUAAUUAAUAUUGCAGCGUAUCUCAUCAUCUGGGCCCUUCUGCUUGUUCGAUUCUAUUAUUAUCCCUAUACAUUCAAAGCGUCAUUCAUGCAUCCGACAGAGUCACUCUUCGUGCCCGCGUCCAUCGUCUCUUUCGGCACAAUCCUAAUCAACAUCUCCCAAUACGGACCCGAGAACACAGGUCCAUGGCUGAUGCGCGCAGUCUGCAUCCUCUUCUGGAUCGACGCCGCUCUCGCCGUCAUGUUCUCCGCGGGUAUCUACCUACUCCUCUGGUCAACGCAGACAUUCACCAUCGCCCAAAUGACGCCCAUCUGGAUCUUCCCUGCGUAUCCGAUGCUGAUCAUCGGUCCACACGCCGGUAUUCUCAGUGCAAAGCUUGACCCGUCAGAUUCGCUGCCUGUCAUUAUUGGCGGGACGACUAUUCAGGGUGUCGGGUUCUUGGUUUCGUUGAUGGUGUACUCGGCCUUCAUCUAUCGACUGAUGACACAGAAGUUGCCACGGGAGAACCUCCGCCCUGGUAUGUUUGUGUCUGUGGGACCGAGUGGGUUUACCGUUGCGGGGUUGGUCAAUAUGGCCGCUGAGGCGAAGAGGUCUUUUCCGGCGGAUUUCAUGGGCAAUGGGGCGCUGGCUGCGGAUGUAUUGAAAAUCGUGGCGGAUUUCUCUUGCCUUUGGCUGUGGGGAUUGGCGAUAUUCUUCUUCAUCAUCGCCAGUGCGGCGCAUUGGUCGGCCAUCGGGCAUGGGCGAAUGGUCUUCUCAAUGACCUGGUUCUCGUUCAUCUUCCCCAACACCGCUCUGAUCACCGCCACGUUUGCUAUCGGCAAAGCAUUUUCCUGCAAACCCAUCAAUAUCAUUGGGUGUGUGGCGAUUCUCCCUUUGCUGUUGAUGUACUUUUUCGUGUGUUAUAUGAUGGUUCGGGCCAUUAUAACACGACAGAUUCUUUGGCCUCAGAAGGGUGAGGAUAGGGAUGAGGGUGGUUUCGAGAUCAUCCGUGUCAAGCCCGCCGCUAUGGCUACUGGGGGCAGUCCUAGUCCAGCAUAA